CCAACUCUGACGUGGCGCCAUUUCCUCCUCUAAAACAAACCUUCUUCAUUUUCACUUCCUCUUCUUCACAAACCCACAUAAAAACAGUUAAAACCCCUCUGAUCACUUCACAAAUCCCCAACAAAAAAAUGGCAAAACUGGUGUCUUUCCCAGCAGACACCAGUUUACCCUUUCUUUCACACCACAAAUUCAACAACAACCGGUUUUUCAAACCAUCUUUACUCAAUUCUCGAAGUGGGUGUUCAAAGAUUUCUUGUAGCAUCAAGGAAAAAGAGAAUCUUGCGGAAAGAAAGGGGAUUUCUUCGAUAAUAAGUGGGUUGAGGGUUGAUGGUGAAUUGGGGGAGGAAUCUGGAAGUGGGUUUGGGAAAUUAGGGUUUGAAAAGUUGAAUUUGGGGACUUGGAAGAGUGUGCCGUUGAGAUAUAAACUUAUUGGGACUACUUCACUUGCUUUUGUUAUUUGUAAUAUGGAUAAGGUAAACUUGAGUAUUGCCAUUAUACCAAUGUCACAUCAAUUCGGAUGGAGUUCAUCGGUAGCAGGAUUAGUGCAAUCAUCAUUCUUUUGGGGGUACGCGUUGAGUCAGUUGCCGGGUGGUUGGCUUUCAAAAAUAUUUGGCGGGAGAGAAAUUCUUCAGUUUGGUGUUCUUGUAUGGUCGCUUGCCACCGCACUCGUUCCUCUUGUUGCCGGUUUUAUGCCUGGACUUGUUCUUUCGAGGAUUCUUGUUGGAAUUGGGGAAGGAGUGUCGCCUUCAGCUGCCACCGAUCUAAUUGCAAGGUUAAUUCCUUUGGAAGAACGUUCACGGGCUGUAUCGUUUGUAUUUGGUGGUCUAAGUGUUGGAAGUGUUUUAGGGCUUCUUUUGGCUCCACCCCUGAUUGAAUCUUUUGGCUGGGAAUCUGUUUUCUACAUGUUUGGCAUGUUUGGAAUUGUGUGGUUUUUAGGAUUUCAGUUUGUUGCAAAAGACCAACCUUUGACCAAUUCUGCGCCAUUAUCAAGGUCUCAGCCAAAAUCAUGGGAAACGUCUAUGGAGGAGUUAGGUGGCUCCCUAAACGUACCAUGGAAGUCUUUUUUCGAAAGUAAAGCCGUUUGGGCGAUGAUAUACGCUCAUUUUUGUGGAAGUUGGGGUCACUAUUGCUGUUUAUCUUGGCUCCCUACUUAUUUCAGCGAGGAACUUAACCUGAAUUUGACCGAAGCCGCGUGGGUUUCUGUUCUUCCUCCACUAGCCUCCGUUGUUGUUACCAGCUUUGCAUCACAGUUUGCCGACAACUUAAUCGCUAGCGGAGUCGAAACUACCGUGGUGCGCAAAAUAUGCCAAACAAUCGCAUUUUUGUCCCCUGCCGCUUGUAUGAUUUUAUCAUCGAUUGACUUAGGGCUGCCUCCAUGGGAAGUAGUCACUAUCCUUACCGGUGGAUUAGCGCUAUCAAGUUUUGCGUUAUCAGGACUUUAUUGUACUCAUCAAGAUAUUUCACCAGAAUAUGCAAGCAUACUUUUGGGCAUUACCAAUACCGUAGGAGCAGUUCCUGGAAUCGUAGGUGUUGCUCUCACCGGAUAUCUUCUUGAUACAACGCAUUCAUGGGGUAUGUCACUCUUUGCGCCAUCGAUUUUCUUCUACCUAACUGGUACGAUCGUAUGGUUAGCAUUUGCAAGCAGUAAGCCUCAAAGUUUCAAGAAGGUAGAUUAAAGGAAGAUACUUUAUUGACUUUUCACUAACUUGGGUUGAUGGAUUCCUUCAACAAUUUUGCAUAGAAGGUGACCAACUUUCACUAACCAAAAGUAUUGUAUUUAUAUGAAGCAAUAGCUGUAAAAAAAAAAAAAAAAAAAAAAAAAAAAAAAAAAAAAAAAAAAACAUUUUAUGACACUUGAAGAGAUUCUUGUAUAUUAUUUCUGUUUGAAGAGAUUUAAUUAUAAUGUAUAAAUGUUCAAUA